AUGAGGAUUUUCCUGGUUUGGACCCUUUUCCCAGGCGGCUGGGUGGUGUCGGGCCCUGCGCAGGUGACAGCCAAGCAGGGUGGCUCGCUGGCAGUGUCCUGCAGCUACAAGCCGGGCUACGAGCUCCACCCCAAGUUCUGGUGCCGCUCGGGCUUCUUCUGGUUUUGCUUCACCUGCAUCACCCAAACCAACGGCACCAACGGCUCGGAGGCGGCGGUGGCGCAGGGCAGGGCGUCCAUCAGGGACAACCACACGGCACACACGUUCACGGUGACGCUGAGCAGUGUCACGCCGGGGGACGCGGGCUGGUACUCCUGCGGGGUGAGGAAGAGCCCGUGGUUCAGCCUGUGGCACAACACCGAGGUGAUG